UGCGAAAAUGUAAGCAACCGAUAAAUAUCGAUGCUUCGAUCGAGAUCCAAUGCGCGUGUUGGAUGGAUUGUCUUCGUUCUGGUGAGGAGAUUUUCCAUUUCGCCUCCGGCAGGGCAAUCCGAGGUAUCGCGGGUUGUGGCAGCACUGAAAUCGUGCAAAGAUUUGGACAUAGGGAGGAGGAUUCACAGAGAUGCUGCUGGAAGAGGGCUGGACACGAAUGUUUACGUUGCCGGGAGCUUGGUUUCGAUGUACGCCAAGCACGGGAGCAUGGUGGAUGCCCAAAGGGUCUUUGAUAGAAUGGCUCGUCCAGACGUGGUCUCCUGGAAUUCGCUGAUAUUCGGCUAUGCAAACAACGGGCAUGGAGGUAUGGCUCUGGAUUCUUUUGGACUGAUGCAAAGGAAAGGCUUCGUUCCAAAUGCCAGGACUUUUGUUGCGGCUCUGAAAGCUUGCAGCGCUCUCGCAAGCCAAGAACAGGGUCAGGAGCUGGGUGGAAAAGCUCUAAAAAUCGGAUCUUUGCAGAAGGGUCUCACGAUUUACGACCAAGCUGUGGAGAUCGGCUGCGACUCCGACAUUUUUGUUCCAAAUGCGGCAGUGGAUCUUUUCGCGAAAUGUGGGAGCUUGAAAGAAGCCCGGAGAGUUUUUGACGGUAUGAAGCAGCGGGACGUCGUUACUUGGAAUUCAGUCAUGGUGGGACACGGUGACAAUGGUGAACCAGAGUCGGCUCUAGAGUUAUUCCAGGAGAUGAAAGCUCGGGGCUGUCAGCCAAACGCUCGGAGCUACGUUGCUGCAGUGAAGGCUUGCACAAGUCUGGCAUCAAAAGAGGAGGCUGUGCGACUUUCGGGCAAACGUGAAGUAAAAGUUCGCUCACUGGAGAGAGGAAUGGUUAUACACGCCGAAGCUGCUAAAGGUGGUCUCGAGUUGGAGUACUUCGUCGCAAACACGCUGGUGGAUUUCUACGUCAAGUGUGGGAGCUCGGCAGACGCUCGCAGAGUUUUUGACAAGAUGCCACUGCACGAUGUGGUGUCCUGGACGGCGCUGGUGCUGGGCUACGCUGAAAAUGGUGAAGGCAAGGUGGCCUUGGAUCUCUUCGAGGACAUGCAAUGUCGGGGCUGUACACCGAAUGCUUGGACCUUCCUCGCCGCUCUGAAGGCCUGUAGCUGCGUGGUGGCUGUCGAGUACGUCAAAGCAGUCCUCGCGGAUAUCUACAGGUUUGGUUUCGAAAGCUAUGCUGUUCUAGCUAACUGUAUCGUUGAUGCAUAUGGCAAAUGCGGGAGGGUCGAUGACGCUCAGCUCUUCUUUGACACACUCUGCAAAGCAAACUCCAUCGCCUGGACUUCGAUCAUAUCUGGAUACACUUCGCAAGGGGACGCAGAGAACGCCUUCGUUUUUUUCAAGAAGAUGCGAGACGAAGGUUUGCAACCAAAUGCGGUCACUUUCGUAUCCGUUCUCACGGCCUGUAGCUACGCGGGACUGGUUAAGCAGGGAAAACGGUACUUCGAGAUGAUGAGCACCGACUAUGGUUUAACUCCCGGGAUCCAGCACUACACCUGCAUGGUGGAUAUCUUGGCCAGAGCAAACGAACUAGACGCGGCAGUGGCAAUGGUGAAAACGAUGCCUUUCGAAGCGGACUCUGUGACAUGGAGGACGGUUUUAAGCUCUUGCCGGAAGUGGAAAAACUUGGAGAAAGGAAAGCUCGCGUUUGAGGCUCUGGUUAAGCUGGAAGAGGGCGACGUCUCGGCCUAUAUGCUGAUGGGAAGCAUCUACGGCAGCCAGGGAAUGUGGGAGGAGCAGAGCCGAGUCGAGGGAAUGAGAACGAGAGCUCGAGCGUGGAAGAAGUUUGAGCCGGCACAGAGCUGGUGGGUCGAUCCAGCGGGAAGAGUUCACUCCUUUUUAGCUGCUGGAGAGAAGAAUCAUCCGCAGAGGGACGACAUCCAGGCGAAGCUGAGCAGCCUUGUGCUGAGAAUGAAGGACCAAGGCUACGUUCCAGACUUUGGAAGCUUGAACAACGCCAGCAGCAGGAUUUCAAGCGAGGAGAAAGAGGACGCUUUGUGCGGGCACAGCGAGAGGCUAGCGAUCGCUUGCGCGCUCAUCAACACGGCCCCAGGCGCGACGAUCAGAGUGACCAAGAAUCUGAGAGUUUGCGACGAUUGCCACAGGGCUAUUGGAUUGAUCUCCAAGAUCGAGCAGCGGGCGAUAAUUUGCAGGGACGCGAGCCGCUUCCAUUCUUACAAAGAUGGAGCGUGCUCUUGUAACGAUCACUGGUAGAAAUCGGGCGCUAACGUUAACGCGCCAGUUUUUAAAUUUGAAACUAAGCAUAUUUUUUAUGCUUCCAA